AUAACAAUGGAUUGGAAAAUAACAAUAUUCACAUACAAUCUGGCCAUGAAGGCGUCGGAUUCCGAAGCAGUUCAUAAUAUGCUCAAUGGAAUGAUCGAUGAUCACACUCAUUUAGUUGCAAUAGGAUUGCAAGAAGUAGCUCACUCUGAGACAAUCGGAGGAGCCGUACUUACAUGGGCAACGACCAUAGCCUCAUGGAUGAAUACAAAUGGAAGAAUGGUUCUUCUGGCAAAAACAUUUCAAGCCACGAAUCAAGUGUUGAUUUUCGGAAGGAAACAACUUAUUGGGCAGAUAAAACGAAUCGAUUAUCGCUUCCAAAGAAACACAAUGGGUGGGUUAACAGGACAUAAAGGAUCAAUUGGUGUACGUCUUCAACUUGCAAGCCCCUACUCAAUAGUAUUCGUUGAUAGUCACUUCAUACAUGGCCCCGAGAAUUACGGGAAGCGCGUUGAACAGUAUCAUACCAAUAGAAAUUGCUCGUUUCCAGAGGAUAAGAGUGUCAGAGCAGCAUUCUGGUUUGGUGACUUCAACUUUCGCGUAGAAGAGGAUGUGAAUACAGUCAUUAGAAAAAUCAAAAAUGGAACUCAUCUAGAACUACUCGAUACACGUGAACAAUUGAAAAGAGCAUUAGUUGAGCGUGAUGCAUUCAUUGGCUUUCACGAACAACCGGUUACAUUUGAACCAACUUAUCGGGUUACUGUAGGCACUACAGAGCAGGAUGGAAAACGCGUUCCAUCGUGGACUGAUAGAAUAUUGUACAAAGGAGAUGGAAUUACUGGAUUGUCAUAUACUAACAAUAAAAAAGCAGUGGCAAGUGAUCACCUACCUGUAGUUGCAAUGUUUAGAGUUACUGCACCCGCUGCACCAAAACCACAAUGGGAAGUAAUUUUUGAGCAUCUACCCACUUGGUACACAUCAAUUCCAUUAGUUGGAAGAUUCCAAGUGAAUGAAUUAUAUUACAAAGAAAAUGGAAGUUAUCGUGAUUGGAUUGGAGUUUUUCCGUCCAGCAUCAACGACUGUACCACUGCCACAAAUUGGAUCUAUGCUGCCACUUGUUUUGAGCAAGUAAUUGAAGGUAGCAAAUUUCUGGCUUGUGAAUUCAAUAAUAUUCCUGCUGGAAACUACCGUCUUGGAUAUUUUUCUUGUCAUCUUCAUUGUCUUGUUGGAUUGUCAAAAGUCUUUCAAAUAGUUGAACAACCAUAGCUGUAUUAUAAUAUAUUAUACCGUAUAUCUUCUAUUAAUAUGGCCUCCCUAUUAGACUUGCACUCACUAUUAGUAUUUCCCCUCGGAGACCUUCCGAAAAUUAGUAUGGUACUCCCUAUUAGUGUUACACUCCCUAAUAGUCUUGCGUUUACUUCUUUGGUGCAAACCCUCUUUAGUAAUUUAAAGAUUUUUAUAACACUUAUUGCUUAUUUUGCAACAGUUUUUCACAACAGUUCUACGAGAUUAAACGUUUUUGAACUUA